AUGGCUUCUUUCCCUCUUUUCUUUGUUGGGUUCCUUGUUUUGGCAGGUGAGGUAGUGUUAGGACAGCAAAGCUCAGAUGGGUUUCAAAUAGAGAUGGGGAAGGAGGAGCUUUUGGGGCUUUUUGAAGUUUUGGGUGCCUUUCUAGGAGACUCCAGCUGGGCCCAAGAACACCCACAACCAUGUGACGAGACUCCAUGGCCUGGUGUUCAAUGUGAGAUUGGUGAUGAAAACCCUCCAAUGUUUCAUGUCACAAAGAUUCAUAUUGGCCCUGAUAUUCUAACCCCUGCUUGCAAAUCCUCUGCUACCCUAUCAGAGUCCCUGCUCAAACUACCUUACUUGAAAACACUUUCCAUUUUCAAUUGUUUUUUGACAUCACCAGUCACUCUUUCUCCAACUCUUCUUGGUGCACUGUCUUCCUUGGAACACCUAGCCCUUGUGUCCAAUCCAGCUCUCUCAGGAGAACUUCCCCCAAGUUUAACCAAAAUUUCCAACUUAAGGGUCCUGAGCCUGUCACAGAACAAUCUACUAGGCAAGAUCCCUGGGAACAUUGGUGGGAUGGUCAACUUAGAGCAACUUGACCUAAGUUACAACAAUUUAAGUGGUCAAAUACCAGUAGAAAUUGGAGGGUUGAGAACUUUGAGCAUUUUGGAUUUAAGUUGGAAUGUUCUAGAAGGUCAGGUGCCUGGCUCUGUUGGUCAGCUUCAGCUCAUCCAAAAGAUUGAUUUAAGUUCAAAUAGGUUUACAGGAAGCAUGCCUCCAGAUAUAGGGAAGCUCAACAAGUUGGUGUUGGUUGAUCUGAGCCAUAACUUGAUAAAUGGGCCAAUCCCUGAAACCCUUUCAGGUUUGGAGCAAUUACAGUACUUGGUAGCUGAUAACAACCCAAUCAACACAGAAAUUCCUCAGUUUUUAGGGAAGCUCAUGAAGCUCAAAUCACUGAGCUUUUCAGGAUGUGGUUUGACUGGUCCAUUGCCCAUCUCUCUAUCUUCCUUGAAAAAUCUCACUGCUCUUUCUCUGGAUAACAAUAGCCUUACUGGGACAGUUCCUCCAUAUUUAGGGACUCUUCCAAGUUUAAAUCAGCUAAAUUUGAGCAACAAUCAGCUAAGUGGAGAUCUAUCACUUCCAGAGGAGUUCAUUGAAAGGCUUGGGAAGAGGUUGGAUGUAAGAGGAAAUGAUGGUCUAUGUACAAGCAAUCCACUUUACAAUAAGAAGAGCAUUUCUUCUAAUGUGAUAACCCCUCUUUGUUUGAAUGCAAGUGGACCAAGAGAUGGCAAAACCUUGGCUGGUGAACACCCAAAUGAGUCUGACAGAAUGAAGCCAUGUAGUCAGUACCCUCUUCAGAAAAGUUCAGGUUCUUCAUGGUCAUAUGAAAAACUGAAUUCAUGUAGUUUUGUUGUAUGUUUCUUGUAUCUCAUGCUGUAA